AUGGCUGCGCUGGUGACUGAGGGCGGUGAACCUGACAGCUGGGACCAAGGUUUGCUGGGAAUACAGCGCUAUAUAAACAAUAGCGAGAGCAAGGUGACGUCGAAGACGCCUUUCGAGUUGUUACACGAGUAUAGGCCAAGGUUCCGGCUUGGGACACUUAGAGCUAUUUCAAAAACGGCGGAUAAGUGGACGAUGCCAGAGGAGUUGUGGCAAGAGGCCCGAGAGCAGAUAGAGAGGUCCAAGCUGAAGUCUAAAUCUGCCUUUGAUAAGCACCGUCAUGACAACAUUAAUUACUCCGUGGGAGAAGUUGUCGUCAUGAAGAGAUGCCCUACCGCCACCGGAGAGUCCACUAAAUUACAGGAACGUUAUCGAGGUCCCCUGGUCUUGACGGAGAAAUUGCCAGGUGAUGUUUAUCGAGUGGUUGAGUUAAACAAGAACAAGAGGAGUCGAUUCGCCACUACCGAUCAUGUUGUUCAGCUUAAGCCGUGGAAGCUUUAUGAUGAAGAAGGUGAAGAGUCGGAUGCCAAUGAAGAGGAUGACGAGUCUGCAGUCAACCAAGAUGAAGAGGGUGAGGUGGAACCUAGAGAGGUAUUAGGCAGGCCUGUUAGGGAAAAGCGCCCCCCCGGUUGGGCUCGGGGUUAUGUUUAA